UGAGUGGAAUAGAGCUGUUGCUUCACAAGCGCAGGGCAGCAUACAACACCGUACCGGCCAUGACCACCACGCGAAGCUCCCAAUCCCAUCACUCCCAGCCACUGCCAAUAAUCCUAGUCCUCCUUGCAGCAGCAGCAUCAACUCGCUUGAUCUUACAGGCUGCUGCUACUGCAGAACAAGAUGAGAAGCAGCCGAUCACGCUUCCGGGUUGCCCCGACAGGUGCGGCGACACUCUCAUCCCCUUCCCAUUCGGCACGAAGCCCGGCUGCUUCCGCGAGGGCUUCCAGGUCACCUGCAACGACUCCUUCACUCCCCACCGCGCCUUUCUCGCCUACGCCGGAGUAAACCAGCACAUAGCCGAGAUAUACUACAAGGUGGGGUGGCACCAUCCUGUGUGGAGGACCGACCAUGGCAACACGGCCCUGGAGCUCAUAGACAUAUCGGUGGCCGACGGCGAGGCGCGCGCUUAUGGCCUCGUUUUGUCCCUCUGCAACGCCGCCAACCUCAGUGGCGACUACGUCGCCAAGUGCCAGAACUUGGCGCUGGGCGAGAGGGGCCCGUUCCUGCUGUCGGUGACGCGCAACCUCCUCGUCGGCGUGGGCUGGAGGGUGGAACCCAAGAUCAUGAGCUACCUGUGGUCAGCGUACCGGAACUCCACCUAUGAGUUCUCGCUCGCCUGCCUCUCGGACCUUAUGGGCAUGCCCAAGCUCCUGCAGCUGGCGACCAAUGGGUCAUGCUCCAGCCGGGGCUGCUGCCAGGCCGCGCUGCCGGAGGCGGCUCCGCUCACCGACUUCGGGACGUGGUUCAGCAUCGAGGACAACCCCAUGUGGCAGACCAACCCGUGCACCUACGCCAUGGUGGUCGAGAGCGACUGGUACCGCUUCUCCACGCCGGACCUGUACGGCGUCGAGGUGCUGCCCAGGAGGUACCCAAGGGGCAUCCCCUUCGUGCUCGACUUCUCCAUCCGGAACGGUGCAUGCCCGGGGAAAGGCCAGAAACCACCUCCGGACUACGCCUGCGUCAGCGGCAACAGCUAUUGCGCCAACGCGACAGGUGGUGCUGCCCAUGGCUAUGUGUGCAGGUGCUUGGAACAUUACGAUGGCAACCCUUACAUCGCCAAUGGAUGCCAAGACAUCGACGAGUGCAAGCUCCGAAAACUGAAUCCUGAGUUGUAUCCUUGUUCGAGUGAUGGGAUCUGCAAGAACAGGCUGGAAGGCUAUGACUGUCCAUGUAAACUCGGAAUGAAAGGUGACGGUAUAAAAGGAACUUGCACCGAUAAAUUCCCCCUAGUAGCACAGGUGAUUGUGGGUGGAAUAGGUGGUAUUUUUAUCAUCGCGGCUAUAUCAUUCCUUAUUCUUCUUCACAAAGAGAAACAAAAGACAAGAGAGUUUUAUCAAAAGAACGGCGGGCCUACAUUAGAGAAGGCAAAGUUCAUAAAACUUUUCAAAAAGGAGGAGCUCAAGCCAAUUUUGAAGAGUAGCAAUUUCAUUGGAAAAGGUGGCUUUGGUGAAGUUUAUAAGGGCUUUCUUGAUAAUGAAGAAGUUGCGGUAAAGAAGCCAAUUAGUGGUACUAUGCUAGAGAAUGAACAGUUUGCAAACGAAGUCAUCAUUCAGUCUCGAGUAAUCCACAAGAACAUCGUUAGGCUCAUAGGUUGUUGCCUAGAAGUUGAUAUCCCGAUGUUGGUCUAUGAGUUUCUCUCCAAUGGUAGCCUUGAUGACAUUCUUCACGGCAAAAAGAAGGUGACGCUCAACUUGGGUGUGCGUUUAAGUAUUGCUAUCGAAUCGGCAGAUGCUCUGGUCUAUAUGCACUCAAAAACCAAUGCCAAAAUCAUACAUGGUGAUGUUAAACCUGCAAAUAUACUCUUGGAUGAUAAGUUUGCGCCGAAGAUCUCAGACUUUGGCAUAUCAAGGUUGAUUGCGAGAGACAAAAAACACACCGGAUCUGUCAUUGGUGACAUGAGUUAUAUCGAUCCAGUGUAUCUACAAACUGGCCUACUAACCGAGAAAAGUGAUGUCUACAGUUUUGGUGUUGUCAUACUGGAACUUAUUAGUGGGCAGAAAGCCACACAUUCUGAUGGCGGCAGCUUAGUAAACAGUUUCCUUGAAGCUGGGAAGAAAGAGAAGAAAGUGACAGAGUUGUUUGACAAGGAAAUUGUAGUCGCAGGAGAUUUGGAGAUUCUUGAUAGUUUGGCAGCGAUCGCUUUGGAAUGUCUUAACCUUGAUGUGGAUCAAAGACCAUCGAUGACAGAGUUCGGGAUUCUAUAGGAAUUAAUGACUUCAUUUUAAUAAGCGCAUUUUCCAUCUCAGCAUUAUGACAUUUCCCCCAAUUUUUGAUAAUCCAUUGCUGGGAAACAAGGCAAUAUAAACGAAUGCAUCUUCCUAUCAAUAUCUCUAAUCUUAUGCUUGUGAGAAUUUGUAAGCAGUGGACUAGAAACAUAAGCAUCAGUAUCAUUUCUGGGUUGUUUAUUAAUUUGUCUAAUUCGAUGAUUUUGUCCAUCCGAGAUCUCAAUCAAUCCUGCAUCAGAAUGAAGAUAACGAGACAGGGAAACAAGCUUACCUGAGUCAUUGUUGAAGCUUAAGCUUGACGACAGUUUCGUCAGUUAACUGUAGCACU